AUGCCCAUGCCCCUCCACCUCCCCAUGCGGAAGGGCCGAGGAGGGGCGGCGGCGGGGGCGGGGGUGGGGAGGCAGACACGGGGUGGCGGUUGGGCGGGGAGGCCGGCCAGGAGGGGUGGCGACUGGGCAGGUGGUCUAAGACCGGGGUGGGGAGCAGGGAAGGUGGACAUAGGACGGCGGUCGAGCGUGGAGGCUGGCCAGAAGGGGUGGCAACUGGGCGGGAGGCCUGAUACUUGGGUGGGGAGCAGGGAAGUUGGAGGGGUGGGGAGGCCGGAGUUGAAUGGAUCAGUCGGGAUGGGGAGCAGUUCAGCAGGGUUGAAUGGAUUUUGGGUGAUCUGA